AUGGGCAAAGAGCAAGCUCCGGUCCUAGCAAUGUUGGACGAGAGGCACCCUCCCCUUCCAACGAAACGUGCGCAGAACUGCUACACACUUGGGCGAAUCGGGCAACAUAACGUGGUGAUCACUACAUUACCAGAAAUCGGGACCAACCGAGCCACCAACGUCGCCACGCAGUUGAUGAACGACUUUCCGUCGCUGAGGUUUGGCUUACUCGUGGGCAUAGGAGGAGGGAUACCGGACCGGGAAGGCAAAUUAGAUAUUCGACUCGGCGACAUUGUCGUGAGCACGCCCACAGCUACAAAUGGUGGUGUCAUACAAUACGACAUGGGAAAAUCCACUCAAUAUGGCGGAUUCCAUCGGACAGGGUCGUUGAACAAGCCUCCUCCUGUCUUGCUGACGGCGGUGGAAAGCCUGAAGGCCGAAUAUUCUCUGCGGCAGGUUCAAAUGGAUGAGCAUUUGUCAAAAAUCAGCGACGAAAUCUCAGAUUACGCCAGCCUCGACCAAAUUUCCGGCCUGUCAUUCACUACGGCACAAUUGGAUCUGGAAAUUCCGUGGUUAAAGACGCCCACGAGCGCGAGAAGUUACGAAAAGAUGGAAUUAUCUGCGGGACUGAUGGACACAUUUCCGUGCCUUGUUAUACGAGGCAUCUGUGACUAUGCGGAUUCGCAUAAGAACAAAGUCUGGCAGCCUUACGCGGCGGCAACGGCGGCAGCAUACAUGAAGGACUUGCUGAUGGUGGUCCCUCCUCAAAGUAUACAAAAUGAGCUGAGGGUGAUUGAAGUUGUGGACGCCCAUCAAAUUACUGAGAUGAUUUACGCUGGGAAACAGUCGGAUAUGGUAGCCUGGUUGUCAAGGUUCAAUUUCUGGGUCAAACAAGAAAGCAUCCUUCAACGGGCCCAGGAAGGCACUGGACAAUGGAUCCUUCGACAUCCAUCAUUCAUAUCGUGGGUCACGCGGGAGUCGGGGCUACUGUGGUGCCACGGAGAGCCAGGUGUAGGCAAGACGAUUCUCACAUCAAUCAUCAUCAAACAUUUGGCAGAAUCAAAGAAGGAGGACGAGGUGCUUGCCUGGAUAUACGCCGAUUAUCGCGAGCACAGCAACCUGACUAUCGAGAAUCUGCUCUCAAACAUCCUUGCUCAGCUACUCCAACAGCGUGGUGAGAUUUCACAAUCGAUGAUGAAGUCCCUGGGUGUCAGUUGGCGAGAAGCGAAGCCGACCUUGGUACAAUAUCGAAUCUGGCUGCAAGACGAGCUUCGGAAAUGUCGCCGAACAACCGUCAUAAUCGACGCUCUGGAUGAGCUGCCAAAACGAGAACUCUGCGAGCGCUUCAUUGAUGAGUUGCGACGACUUCGGCCACCCAUUCGUCUUCUCGUGACCUCAAGACCAUACGCGGCAAUGAGAAAAAUCUUCCACGAUGCAAGCACUCUUGAGAUACAACCUCAAAAAGAAGACGUGAUCCUUUUUGUCAAGAGCAGGCUAGAGUCGAGCGUUAACCUGAGCGGACAUAUUGACCGAAAUGCUUCGCUCUCUGACCUGCUGAUCAAAACUUUAAGUCAAGCGAAUGAGAAGAUGUUUUUGAAAGCUCAACUGGUCCUGAACGUCCUUGAGAACAUCAAGAAUGUUGGAGAUAUCGAGGUAGCUCUAAAGUCCUUACCACCUGAUUAUAAUGGGUGCUACGACUUCAGCCUUAAACAGAUUGAGAUGCAGGCCCCCGCCCAACGGGAAAAGGCCUUCAAGAUUUUAGCUUGGCUGUCUCAUGCCAUAGAUCCGCUAAGCGUCGAAGCUUUGCAGCAAGGACUUUUGGUUCAGCCCGGAGACGAUACACUCGACAAUGACCUCCAGACCCCUGAAGAAGAAUUGAUAUCUGUCUGUCACGGUCUUGUGAUUCCUGAGAUUGACAAGAUCGACAAUGUCCCAACCCGGUCUCUCAAACUGCUGCACGAAACUGCCAAUGCUUAUCUUAAGCAAGUCCAAUCCGCCCAACUCCCGGCCGGUCAUGAAAUUAUUCUGAGGGCUUGUUUAGCUUACAUGUCUCUGUCAAGCUUCUCGAAUCUGCGUAUUCACCAAAUACAGGCUGAUGCGAGAGCUAGGGAGUUUCCAUUUUACAACUAUGCAGCCCGGAAUUGGCCGAAGCAUGCCAUUCAAGGCAAUCUUGAAGGUGCCUUUCGAGAACAGAUUGUCAAUUUCCUAGAAAGUUCUCAUCGUCAUAGUGCAGACGAGGUGGUGGCAACACACCGACAGAGUGCAUGGGGCUGCGAGUAUGCCAAUCCGUGGACAGACUGGAACAAACACUCAAUUGAGAGAAGAGACUCCCCGGUGCAUGCCGCUGCGGGUUACGGGUUGAGCAAGACACUCAGCUUCCUGUUGGACCACAAAGGCUACCAGAAAGACAUGACCAACAACUUCGGGGAGACGCCCCUACACCGAGCAGCACAGCUUGGUGAAACCGGGUGUAUUGACGUCCUUCUGGCGCAUGGCGCAGAUAUCGCAGCUAAAGUCAAGCAUCAUUAUCUCAACGAUACCAACUCCCUCAUGCUGGCGACUCAGUGCCAGCAAGCUGAUGCAGCCCGUAUCUUCCUCAACCACGGACUCGGUGUGGACACAUUUGACCCGACAUACGGAACUUCUCCGUUGCAUCUUGCCGCGAGCAUGAAUACCAAAAUGACUCGGUUCUUCCUCGAUCAUGGUGCGAAAGUUGAUUUCCCGGGGAAGUCACCCGUGUAUCCUGAAACAUUUAUGACCAGUCUUCACUUUGCCGUAUUCAAUGCGCACGUGUUUCUAGACGCUGUUGAGAGGGUCAGACUGCUUCUAGAUAGGGGCGCCAACAUCAACAUGCAAUCACUCAUGACAGGUAACACUCCUUUACACAUGGCUGCUCUCGGCGGACGUGAAGAGUUGAUCGUCCUUCUCCUACAAAGGGGGGCGGACAUGGAAGUGCGCAACAAAGCAGGAAAAUCUGCCCUCCAAAUUAUCCGAGAAAAGGGCUUUUUCUGUGCCGAACAAGCUGGUGUACCUGUUGAAGCUAUUUUCAAACUGGAAGAUAUUCCAGAUCUACACCACGCGGCAUGGUCCCGAAAUUACGAGCGGGUUCUUGAACUGUUGGCACAGGGGAGCAAGUUGGAAGACAAAGAUCCAGACGGAAGCACUCUAUGGGACUACUGUGUCGCCGCGGCGGAUAUGGUACUGGCAGAGAAAUUGGUCAACUACAUGGACAAGAGCCAACUGCCCAAUCGCAAUGACAUCGGCAACGAAGCAUGCGAUGCCUCCCUCAAAGCCAUGACGGCGUUUGACUACACAGACGACAAGACCUGGGAGACUGGUGUAAAAAUAUGUCGCCUCCUCCUCAAGUAUCGCAAGGAGUGUGAUCCUGGCCUGGAAUUUGCCCGAGCCAGGAGCCCAAUCUCGGGAUACAACAAAACCUAUCUCAUCUGGGCAGCGGAGCAGAGGAGGAUAUCACAGGUCCAGUUUCUGCUGGACUGUGGAGCAGAUGUCAACGCCGCCGACGUGUUUGGAUCCACUGGAUUGCACCAUGCGACGCAUUCGCAGAACUACGACAUGAUUCGCCUUUUGUUAGAAAAUGGUGCCGACUUGCUGCUCAAAGAUCAUCACGGUCGCACUGUGCUUGAUACUGCCGAGAGGAUAGACGGCCAGCUUAUAUAUAACGAACUGAAGCUGCAUAUCGCGAAGCAGUCGAGAUAA